CUCUGUUCUAACAAAAGUAUUCCAAUCCAUAAUAUGGAUAUGAUCACUCCUGCAGAAGCAUCAGCUCAUGAAGAAGGCCAAUCAUUUGAGAUCGACGUAGAAAGAAUCCAACUAAUGCAGAUCAAGAUCUCCACUGCGCCACAAUCACUUGUAGACUCCAAUGGUAAAAGAUACCCCUUCAUACAUCGCCUACCACCAAGAUUUCCCGAUUCUGAGACAUCUUCAUAUAUUCCUCACACGGUCUCUAUCGGACCAUUACACCGCGGAAAGGAUCAAUAUCGCUAUAUUGAACAAUUUAAGUGGAGUUACCUCCAUGCAUUAAUGGAUAGGAAGAAACUAUCCCUUGAAGACCUCAUUAAAAAAAUUAUGCCUCUCGAACACAGAGCUCGAAAGUCAUACACCGAAGAGGUUGAUCAGCUCGACUCAUUCGAAUUCGUUGAGAUGCUUAUCCUCGACGGAUGUUUCAUCAUCGAACUCUUUAGAAAGUCACGCCAAAUUCUUUCAUUUGAACACGAUCAAAUAACAUCUGUUUCAAACAUCUAUCAGUCUAUACUCGAAGAUUUGAUUAAAUUAGAAAAUCAAAUUCCUUGGAUUAUCCUAGAGGAAUUGUUUAGCAUAACAAGGUCUUCCAUUACUCUAGAAGAAACUAUAGUAUCAGCCUUCAGAGACACAUUUCGUGAAUACAAUAUGAAAUCUAAUCUUAAUAUUAUGAAUAACUAUUCUAUGUCGACAAAUAGAUUUGGUGGAGAACCUUUUCAGCCAUUCCGACACCUCCUACACAUGCUCCAUACUUUGUUUACCUCCUUGUGGCCAGAAAUUCCGGACAUUGAGUUUAAGACUAGGUAUGCACACUUAUCCAAAAUGAUUCAACCCAGAGUGAUCCCAUCCAUCUCUGAUCUGCAAAAGGCGGGGAUCACCGCCAAGACCGGGGAUACAAAGUUCUUCUUGAAGGCGGAUUUCAAACAUGGGACUUUGUUAAUGACCCCGUUGAUUCUCAACAACUUAAUGAUUUGUUUACUAUUCAACAGCAUGGCUUUUGAGCAAUGUCAAGAUCCAACCAAAACACAAUUUUCAACAUAUAUCACUCUACUUAACUGCCUUAUGACCAAUGAUAAUGAUGUCAAGUACUUGAUCGAUCAGAAAAUCAUUCAAGUCCAAAAUUUCUCAGGUACAGAGAAUGAUGUCAUUAAGAUUUUCCGCAAUAUGGGAAAAGGUUUGACGCUUGAACCAAAAACUUCUUACCUAUCGGAGUUGUUUUACAAUAUAAACCUAUAUCAUGGAAAGAAAUGGAAUGUGCAGAUGGCAAAAUUAAGCAACACCUACUUCGACAGCCCAUGGUCGGCCAUAUCUCUCUUGGCAGCUUCUGUAUUGUUGGUGCUCACUUUCAUCCAAACAUUUUAUACUAUCAUUGCAUACAAUAAUCCUCCUCGAUCCUAAAUUUUUUUAUUUAUGUUUCCUUACUUUUUUUUUAUGUGUUUGUUAGUUAAGAGUUGAUUGGUGUUUUUUUUUGUUUGGUUAUGUCUUUUAUCUCAUUUGGAUGUGUUGUUU